CACACACACACACACACACACACACACACACACAUGCAGACUCGGUCACUCGUGGAGCAUCCUGCAUCUCGUACACACCAGAGCUGCAGACUCUCCCUCAGAGCAGCAUUAUUCAUAUGAAUGAAGGCAGUCCCGCUCUCCUCAUGCUGAGUGUUUCAGUGGAUCAACACCAACGCUCCACUGCCGGUUCCACUGCAAACCAGGAGAGAGAAGGAGGGAGGCACUCUCAGCGAGACUUAUCCGGCAGAAAAGUCCACACUUGCUACCUCCCUCCUUUUUUCUCCUCUUCUCCUCCCUCACUCCUCUCUGUCUGUCCCAUCUCAUCCCUCGUUCCCCCUCCUCUCCACCAUCCCACCCUAGAGCUGCCUGCUUUAACUGCUUCUGCCUCACACACACAUACACACACUCACUCACACACUCACACUGACACACACACACUAACAUACAGAGCCAGAGGAGCCAGGACGGGGCAGGCAGCAGACAGGGCAAACGUGUGGGCAGCCGAGGGGACAUGGAACUGGGCAGGAAUACUGGAUCACUGUGGCACAAGUGGACACGGUCCGGUGAUGUCGUCCACGCAGGCUUGGUCAUCACAUUAUUGAUUGGAGUAUGGUACACCCAGGCAUUGGAGGUGUCAGUGGGGAAGGUUCACUUUGUGGAGGUGAUGAAUGGUAGCUCCGUGCUGCUACCCUGCACCUACUCUAGCUGUAUUGGCAUCAAGAACCUGUAUUUCAACUGGCAGUACAAUGACAAUGGCACAAUGAUUAAGCUGUGUGAAGCGGUAAUUCCAGCUGAAGGUGUGGAGCCCAAUGUGAAGAUCUACCAUGAGCGGGUGGAGUUUGUGGGCUCCAGUAAGGAGAAUAAUAUAUCCAUCCUGUUGUGGAAUGUCACCUUUGAGGAUGAGGGUGAAUAUACCUGUUUCGCCAUCAACCCCAAAGAGAAGAAACGAAACCAUAGUGCAAUUUUCACCCUCUAUGUAGUGGAUCAGUUAAAGGAAGUGGACAACACUCUGACCAUCAUCAUCGUCUCUGUGCUUGGGGGGGUCAUCGGUUUGAUCAUUAUAGUUAUGGUCAUAAAGGCCAUAGUUGUCCACUUUCUCAACAAGGCCCAGGAGAAAAAUAAAGAGUGCCUUGUGAGCUCUUCAGGAAACGACAACACAGAAAAUGGCCUUUCGGGCUCCAAAGCAGACAACAAAGCAUCACCAAAGGCAUGAAAAUAAGUACGUGUGUGGAUAAAUCAGCAAAUGUAUAUAUGUACACUUGCAUAAUGACUAUAUAGCAAGAAACCUAUAUCAAUGGACUGUUUUAUCUUUAUCUUAUGGCAAAAUAGAAAUGUGAAAAUACUCACAUAUAUAUAUAUAUUUUAGAUUGUGCUUGAAACUUGAGAAGUGUAAUAUUUGGGCUGGAUCACACAUCUUUUGCCAACAUUUGAUUUUUUUAAAUGUGUCCCAAUGUCCAAAUGUAGCGAUUUCUGUAAGAUAAGUGGAUUUUUGCCUCCAAACCACAGCUCACGCAUGUGCUGUACUCUGCUCCGAUCUGUUUGUGACACACAAUUUACUCUCACUGCCAUUGUUAACAAACUGCCACAGUCGUCGAUCAGUCAGCACAAGAACGUGACGUUCAGGACAAACAUUCAGAAAUCACUCAAACAGCAUUCCAAUAUUCUUAUGAUGAUGGGAUCAAACAAAAUAUGAUUUAAAAAAAAGAAACUAGAAAAGAUAUGUUUUUAAUCUAUGAAGUUACACAGUCAGUAGUGCCUCUUGGAUUGGAUGUUUACCGUUUAAAGCAGCUAAAAUACAACAUAUUGCCCAAGUGUCACUCACCCUUACAGGUCUGCAUGUGUGGCUCAAGCAGUGAAGAGCAUCACGAGUACACCACGUAUAAUGUGUCCAAAAUAGUGUCCAAUAUAACGCAGAUAAGCUACAGAUACAGAGAGGAUUAAUGUUUUACUGGGAUGUCGAAGAGAUGGAAUGGCUGAGUGGCAAAGAGAGAUCCAGCCCAGUUUUGUUUUUAAUUGUCUUUUUCUUUGUUAUUAGCUGUAGUGCAGGGUUGUGAAACACUUAUCCUGAAGGACCUUUACACUACAAAACGAGAUAUAGCACUAGCACUAUAGCACUACAGUCUCCACUGUCCAGCUAAACAUACCUGCCAUCAAGCUGGAGUACGCUGUAGUAGAUUUUCAGAGCACGAAAACAGACAUCCCACCUCUCCUGUGAAUAUUAUGAUUCUCUAGCAUGUUGAUGGUGGUUAUCUGAUGUCUACUUAUCAUUUACAAUCAUCAGGACAUGCAUUGCACACAUUUUGGGAUUGAUCAAGUAAGACACACAAUGUCUCUUUUCAUUAGUUUAGUGAAGUUCUGCAGCUCAAACACAGGGGAAUAGAAAUAUAAAGGCUAAACUAUCCCUGCCUGUAUUGCCCCCGGUGGUCAAAUCACAGCAAGAGCUGCUGGCUGUGCUGCUCUACUGAUGUCCGUUUGGAUGAGCCAAACUCACUGUGGACUUGCUCAAAUGGGUAAUAGAAAGCAAAAAAAAAAAACAAUAGAAGUUCCAAAUAAUAUAUAAUGUUUGCGGUUGAGGUCACCUGGGGUGCAGCUACCGCCCUGAAGUGAGUUUUUGCAGGGUGGGAUGUCUGUGGACAGGUCAACACAAGUAUAAGUGGAUGAAAGAAAAUAAUAACUAGUAAAUGAGUGUUUUGUAAUGUGGUCAUCCAGGACAGGCUGGUUUCACACCCUGAUUAGAUAAAACACACGUGCCUGCAAACGCUUCAAACUCCUCUUGCUUCUGGGGAGUCGUUUAACUGCUAUGAAAAAAGAGCUUCCUUUAAAGAAAACUCCUUAGCAUAGUGAGACAAUCCCCCAAAAAACAGCUCCCUGCAGAAAAUGAAUGAUACUUAUUGAUGCUGCUUUUAACAAGUUAAUCAAUGCAUUUUUUAAAGAAAAGAAAAGCAUGUGAAUGAUUUUAUACAUGUAUUGUUCAAACGCUUCUCCUUAACACCAUGUCACCCCCUCACCUGAUCAGGAGACGGAUAGUUUUUAAAUGAAUGUUCUUCACGAAGUCAAACCAGCUGAAAGAUGCACUGGUGUAAUCUACUGUUUCCUAAUGUUUUUUAACAUUAAUGUUAAUGUUACUCUGCAGUGCAAGUUUUACUGUUUAUUUCUCUGCCCUAAAACGUCAGUUUUAAACUGAGGAACAGCUUAAUAACUGGCUGAUCAGUUGAGUUAGAAGCAAUAUAAAAACCCCAAGCCACUUAGAGUAUGUAUUUUUAAAUAUGUUUUAAUAUGUGUCAAAGCGUGUAGUUUUGAAACUGCCUGGAUUACCCAUAAGAAAUUACAGGUUUGUAGUGCAGGAGUUAUUAAAGAACUGAGGGGUACAAGUUGGCAUACAUGAUUAAGCUCUGCUACUGAUGACCCCAAAAACUCCAUGAUCCCAUUUACAGCUGGUCGUUUCAUGCAUUUUGAUAUUUGAGGGUUUUUUUUCAACGCAUCUAGGAUCACGCACAAUGUCCAUGACAGCCAUGACUGAUAAAGUUGGUGCUUUCCACUUUAAUUGUGAUACAUUUCAUAUUAUUACUGGUUUGCAUAAUUUCAGUCCUUCUUACAAAGUGAAAUGCGUGGGAUUAAAAUCAUUUUCAGAUGCAAUUCACAUGGAAUGACCACUUGUAAAUGGAGUGUGAUUAAAGUAGCAGGUCCGUUAGCUAUGUUAGCAGUUGUGCUAUGCAUCUGUAAAACAAACCUUAAACAAGGCAAUCUGCAAACCUUUUCAAUUUACUGACAAAAAGUUGUAUCAGUUAUCAUAAAUGUUUUCUUAAAUGUUACUCUUCCAAAGUAAUAUAGUGUACUAAAGUAAUUUCAUAUCAUUAUGCCUGUGGGGAUAAUGGCCGACCACCGCCAUAGCCUUAGAGGCCCCAGUGAGCGUACCUGUACAGCUAAUGCACUUCUGUGCAUUUUUUAGAAAAUAGCCUUUAAUUUACGCUGCUUCAUGCCACUCAAAUCCAUGCUGCCAUAUGAAAUUACAUAUAAAAUACCUCUUUGCUUCCACUGAGAGUAUUAUCUAUUAACAUACCAUGACAUAAACAUUUAUGAAUGUCACUUUAUAUUCGCAGUUGAGCCCUCCAGUUUUUUUUAUUGUAUAUUAAAAGCAUAUCAUGAAUAUGGAUUUUGGUAGUGGAGGGUAAUUUGGGGCACUUUACUCAUGUAAAUAAAAAAAUAUAUUACAUAGAAUGUUAUUAUAAUGGAUUAUACAUAUGUAAAUUUAGGAAGUUAAAAGUAAUAUAUGCUAGGCUGCAUCCCAGCUAAAAAAAUGUAGUUUGCAAAUUUCUGAAUGUUACAGUACAAUCUGUCAAGUUUUCUGGAUGUUCUCAGAACUUGAACCUGGUAACAUCGUUGCUAUGUCAUGUGUGUCAUUGUUUUCAGAACGUUACUGGAACAUUAUUUCUGUAAUGUUACAGGCUAACUUUAUGGGAACCUUUUUAAAAUGUUGCUUAAACGUUCUUGUAACAUUCUCUGUUGGCUGGGAUUGUAGAAGAUGCUGAAUGUUAUAUAGAGUGAAUACAGUGAAACUGAAAAUUAAGGCACAAACACCAAAACAGGAGACCUCCUUUAAAUCAUUACAUUUAUAUUCUCACUCUCUCUCUUUCUCUCUCUCUCUCUCUCUCUCUGACCUCCAUCUCCCCCAAAGUGCACAACGUUUAGCAGUCUUCCAUAACUCUUCAGAAUUCAGGGGCUCUGGCGCUCUCAGUUGUUUGAGAUGCUUUAAAUCAGAGCAGUUUUAAAUUCUCAGUUUAUUUUUAUGGGUUUUUAUUGCACUGAAUUUUGAGGACGAGUGGGUUUGGUUCUGUCCAGCCGGCUGAAGCAUGAGGAAAAGACACCAUAGAUAUAUUCAAUUCACCUCAUGUCUUAUAAGAUGACAGCAAUAACUGCACAUUCUCUGUAGAAUACAGACACUGUAAAACAUGCAGUUGCUUGUGCUGUGUGGCGUUUGGGUUUGGUACCGUUGUGUCUGGUAAAUGCACUGAUGUACAAAUUUGUGUAUUGAUGUGGUUGGUGUUAAAUGUCCCUGCUCCUGUGGAUGUUGCCUUCAGAAAUGUGGAAAUAAUUGCAAUACUUGUCAGUAUAUUUCUCUUUCACAGUACAUUUGCUGAAGUUAAAUCAACACUAUUAGAGUUAGAAUUAACAGUGUUAUGUUUUAUCACUAAUAGUUCUGACUUGACCCUAGUAAAUUUGCUGUGCUCCCUCUUC